AUGGCAGAUCUGAAGGUCGAGCUGACAGCUCCCAAUGGGCGCAAAAUCACCCUGCCCACGGGUCUCUUCAUCAACAACGAAUUCGUCAAGUCGAGUUCCGGCGAGAAGAUCACUAGCAUCAACCCUUCGGAUGAGAAGGAGAUCUGCUCCGUCGAGGCAGCGUCUGCGGAUGACAUCGACAAGGCCGUCAAAGCCGCUCGAGCCGCCUUCAAUGACCCUUCGUGGCGCGAUCUCCCCGCUACCGACCGCGGUGCCCUGAUGUACAAGUUUGCAGACGUCCUCGAAGAACACAAGGAGACACUUGCCACGCUCGAGACAUGGGACAACGGAAAGCCAUACAGCGUGGCGUUGAAUGAGGACUUGGGCGAGGUCGUAGGCACCAUUCGAUACUACGCUGGGUGGGCAGACAAGAUUCAUGGCGAGACAAUCCCCACCAACCCUCAAAAGUUUGCCUACACCCUCAAGCAGCCCAUUGGCGUUUGCGGCCAGAUUAUCCCUUGGAACUACCCCCUAGCCAUGGCGGCAUGGAAACUGGGUCCCGCUCUCGCAUGCGGCAACACCAUUGUUCUCAAGCCUGCAGAACAGACUCCUCUUUCCAUCCUAUACCUGGCAAGUCUCAUCCCGGGCAUCUUCCCUCCCGGUGUUAUCAACAUCGUGAAUGGCUUCGGCAGAGAAGCCGGCCACGCCCUCGCCUCCCACCUGGACGUGGACAAGAUUGCCUUCACUGGCAGCACAGUCACGGGUAAACAAAUCAUGAAGACCGCCAGCGUCAACAUGAAGAACAUUACCUUGGAAACCGGCGGCAAGUCACCCCUUCUUGUCUUCGACGACGCCGACCUUGAGCAAGCUGCCAAAUGGGCCCACAUUGGAAUCAUGUCCAACAUGGGUCAGAUCUGUACUGCCACCUCGCGCGUGCUGGUCCAGGAAGGCAUCUACGACAAAUUCGUGGAGCAAUUCAAGGAGGUGGUGAAGACCACGUCGAAGGUCGGCGAUCCAUUCGCCGACGAUACAUUCCAAGGUCCUCAAGUCACCAAGGCUCAAUACGAGAAAGUCCUGAGUUACAUCGAGAGUGGCAAGUCGGAGGGUGCGACCCUGGCAUCUGGCGGUGUACCGCACAAAAAUGUCGGUGGCGGAAAGGGCUUCUUCAUUGAACCCACCAUCUUCACAGGCGUCAAGGACGACAUGAAAAUCUACCGUGAAGAGAUCUUCGGCCCCUUCGUGGUGAUUGCAUCGUUCAAGACGGAGGAAGACGCGGUCCGCAUGGCCAACGAUACAACCUACGGUCUGGGCAGUGCAUUGUUCACGAGCAAUAUCGAGCGCGCACACCGUGUGGCCGCCAGGAUCGAGGCUGGCAUGGUCUGGAUUAACUCGUCCAACGAUUCGGACUUCAGAGUGCCAUUUGGCGGCGUCAAGCAGAGCGGCAUCGGGCGAGAGCUGGGCGAGGCUGGAUUGGCGGCAUAUAGCCAAACGAAGGCGGUACAUGUCAACCUGGGGCUGAAGUUAUAA